AUGGAAAAGUACACUAAGUGUGCAUCUGAUGAAGAUGCUGCACUUGAAAGAGAGAUGUGGUCCUCGGCAACUAUCAAUGAAGAGGUCUUAAGAACCUUGCACGUGAUAUUUUCCAACUUCCCCAAGCUCCAUAUCUCCGAAGCAGCUACUCUCUGCAUUCCCAAUUUAAUAGGAGUUCUAAAAUCUGGUAGUGAGGCAGCUCAGGAAUCUGUAUUAGACACCCUAUGCUUGUUAAAACAAUCUUGGGCAACCAUGGCAAUAGAAAUAGCAAAAUCUCAAGCCAUGAUUGCUGCUGAAGCCAUUCCCACACUGCAAAUGCUCAUGAAGACCUGCCCGCCGAGUUUCCAUGAGAGAGCAGACAGCCUUUUACAUUGCUUACCCGGUUGCUUGACUGUUACAAUUAGGCGUGGAAUCAACCUCAAGCAGGCUAUGGGAAGCACAAAUGCCUUUUGUCGAUUAACAAUAGGCAACGGUCCUGCUCGACAAACCAAGGUAGUGAGCCACAGUAUUUCUCCAGAGUGGGAAGAAGGGUUUACAUGGGCAUUUGAUGUACCUCCGAAGGGACAAAAGCUUCACAUCGUUUGCAAAAGCAAAAAUACUUUUGGGAAGAAUACUCUGGGAAAAGUGACUAUCCAAAUUGACAAAGUUGUUACUGAAGGGGUAUACAGUGGAUUGUUCAGCCUUAAUCACGAUGGCAACAAAGACGGAUCUUCGCGCUCACUAGAAAUUGAGAUUAUCUGGUCCAACAGAAUAUCAAAUGAAGGUAUGUGAAGAGACAUACCUCGGAUGAGGAAUACGGCAAUUGGGCAGCAAAUACACCCACAAAGCUAUGCAAUAGAAAAAUAAAUAAUUAUCUUAAUAGGGCGGGCGAAUUUCUUAUGGUUGUAGUUGUUGAUGUCUUCUGGAGGUCCAGUUUUGUAGUCUUAAGUUGUCUUAAGUGUAAAUUAUAUUCGUUAACUUGAAAGUGGAAAGGCAUUGCCACGAUAUAGGAAUUUUAAAAGCUGAUAGGAGUUUGUACAGGUAAGUCUCUGUAGGUGUUAGCUUUUCAGAGAUACUAGGAAUAAACAUUUUAAAAUCCGUGAAUUUGAGCUUUUUCCAUGAAAUUAUGCCCUUUCAAUGACGUAAAUAGGGCUGUACAUGUUGUAUUUGUUACCUGUACUAUUUUCAAAUAGCAUCCACAUGGCCAUUGGUUUUGAGAAAAGAUUCCUUUUGGGCAACAAACUCUGAUAUGCAAAUUGUUGUUUGCAAUUUCUUGACUUGGUAAGUUUACCAAUCCCCAGUACCAUAUCAUGUACUUAUA